AUGAGUGUCAGCGUGGAGCAACCACUGCACUUUAGCCAACAGCCAUCCUCGCCCUCCUUCUCGAGCCCUCCGCAGUCGCCAAACCACCUGCUCCAUGCGCAGGCUGCUGCUUCUCCCCCGACUCCGCCGUCACCGCCAUCACCGCCAGCCGACGUAGACAUGAGCUCCUCUGUAACCACAUUCCCCCCUCCCAGCCAGCGGCACGACCGGGAGGAUGCAGAGAUGCAGGAUGGCCUAGGUUUGACAAACGGACAUGCAGAGGAAACCCCAACGCCUCCCAGCAAUCACGAGCCAACAGCCACCUCCGUCGCCGUCGAGGUUGCAGCGGUAGACAACGACGACGACGCAAUGGACACAGCACCCGACGUUGACUCCGAGCUGCUGCUCGCGAAUAGCUCACUCACUCCAAAUGAUGCCUCUAUCAUUACGCCAACCUCGCCAACCUCGCCUGCCGCGAAUGGAGAUACUCAAGUGGAGCCUGGCAGUGUCGAGCCAGCUCCGCCAGCAGCACAUGUAGAUGACUCGACACAGACAGAAAAUGUCCCCCCAAUCGACCCUCCUCCACCCACCGAUCCCAACCUACAGCCUCCACCGCCCCCACCGCCCGCCGAACCCGCUCGUUCCGAUUCCGACUCCUCAGACGACGACGAUGGCGUUCAGCCAUGGCACCCCAUACAAGAAGACACUUCGUCGCCCGACGAGGCUGAGCUCAAGGAAAUCGACGAGUCGACCGAGCAUAGCGCCCUCGACCACGAGUACUGGGAGAGCAAGGCCUUUCUGCCCCUGGAGGAGCCAGAGUACACCGCCGGCGAGACUGGCCGUAUUCAUUGGUCCAUUGAUGCUUAUAACGGGACACGCGAGAAGCCCAAUCGAGACAUUGUCAUGAAGAGCGAGCCUGUUACGAUUGGAGGACACCAGUGGCAGAUCAAGUUCUAUCCCAAGGGGAACGACUCCGACUAUCUCAGUGUCUAUCUCGAGUGUCUAAGUGUCGCAAAGCCAAAAAAGGAUGGCACUGACGAGCAGAGUGAGGACGCGUCAAAAGAGGAAGACAAGGAAAACGACAAGGAAGAGCCCAAAGAGGAGGAUGCCAUGGUGACGGAGGAAAAGGCGCCAGCAGAUACCUCGGCUCCACCUGCACCAGCUGAACCCCAACACGCGCCUCUGCCGCUUCUAGGGUCAAAGACCAUCCCAAAGCGGAAAUGUGUAGCUGCUCAGGUAUCCGUCGUGCUGUACAACCCUACAGAGCCGCGUGUCAAUUACUCAAGAACGGCUCUACAUCGAUUCUGUAACGGGUCGCCCGAUUGGGGCUGGACGCGAUUCCACGGACCCUAUUACGACAUUCCUCAUCGCAUGCGAGGCCAGCGCCAAGCCCUACUUCGAGACGAUAAGCUUGCAUUCACUGCGUACGUGCGCAUCAUCGAGGAUGAAACCGACUGCCUAUGGGAGCAUCACAGCCGGGAUAACCCCUGGGAUAGCUUUGCCAUGACUGGUUUGCAGGGUCUCAUGCUCGGCGAAGACGCUAGUGCACCUGGCGGCAACAUGAUAUCCGCAGUUGCAUCAUGGAUGCUGUUCAAGCCUUUCCGCAAUCUUCUGUACAGCAUCCAAGUAGCCGACCCCGAGCAAGAGCCCUUUGUUCGCCCGAAACCUCUCGUCAGCGCUCUGCAAAAGGUUUUGUAUAUGCUCCGGACACAGGUAGAUCCUGGUGCUGGCUCAGUCGCUUUGGACGACGUAUUAGAUGCUUUGGAGUGGUACGGUAUUCACGAGCGCCUUGACAAGCUCGACGUCGUCGAAGUCUGGGAAGUUCUGCGCUCCAAACUCGAGGAAGAGCUGCAAGAUACACCCCAUUCUGCUACCUUGAAGGAUAUGUGUGGACCAAAGCGCGACUACAGCGUUGGCACCCCCAGCUAUCGGGUGCCUGUGGUAGGCGUCGAAACUAUGCAAGAGGCCGUCAACAAGUCAACAGAUUUUACAGUGCCUGGGCAACCCCUUCCACAACUGCUAACCAUAGAGUUGGAGCGCCAGGACUUUGACCUGAAGACCCGCUCGUAUGUCAAGGUACUAAACAAAGUCACUUUGGACGAUCGGAUAGCCAUUGGCAACACACCUUAUACUCUGUAUGGAUUUGUGGUUCACAAGCAGACCCUUCAGUCGUACGUCUACCAGCCGAUUCUCCGGCCAGAAGGCCCAGGAUCUAGGUGGUAUAGCUACUCGGAUAGCAAAGACGAGAACCAGGUCAAGUGCCUAACCAAACGACAAGCACUCGAUGCGCAUCAAGGGAAGCCUGGCACGGGGCAGGUCAUUGGUAACGAUGCAGUGGCAUACAUUGCAAUGUACGUACGCGAUGAUAGCGCACAGGCGGCUUUCGUGUCAGACGCCGAAUCUGAGCAAUGGGAGGUUCCCGAGUGGAUCAAGAAUGAGGUGGAGAAGAGCAAGACGUCGAAUCUUCUGCCGCCAAUGCCACCGCCACCCGUCGAAGGACCGGCAGCUGAAAGUGACAAGGAUGAGCAACCAGAACAAGAGGCAAAGAUGCUCGAGUUCCAGGUCGUUGAUUCUAGAACCUUUGCACAACACGAAGGCCCCGGUUUGUUCGACGCCUAUGAUCCCAAGUGGCAAAGUGGAAACUCGGAACUGAUCUUCACCAUCACACUUUCCAGUAAAGACGGAUGCAAAGAGAUCCGCGAAAAGCUGGCCAGCGUCCUCAACGACAUACAAGACCCGCGACAGGUUAAGUUUUGGUUUCUAGAUCCCAUUCGAGGAUCUUCCGAUCGUCCAAACCUUCUAGGAACGGGAAAGAUAGAGUUCUCCAGCGGCGGCUACGAUCGCUACACAGAUAUGAAAGACUGGAAUCUGGAGGAGUCGCCCUUCCCGUGUCGGAGGAUCUGGGUCCACGUUGUCGACUUCAAUACCCUUCCUGAGCUCCCGGAAGUAGACGAAAAGAAAGAGGCAGAAAUGACUGAUGUUCCUCAAGCCCAGACUCCACUGGAGGACAUCCAGGUGGAGGCGAGCAAUGAUACACCGCAGGCGAACCUGGCACCUCCAGAAGUACCGCCACAGUCGGAAGAUACGCCGAUGAGCGAACCUGAGGAGCCUGUAGCUGCGCCGGUUGCACCGCCUGCACUGGAACUUGAAGCCCCGCGCGUUACAGAGACCGUAGGGGUUGAUGACGCUGCAAUGGUGGAGACGGAGCCCACCCCAGCGUCUGACCCACUUCUGAGCACCCCAGCGCCCGGUGAUACAGAGAUGGGUGGCACUCAAGAGGACAUACUGCCGCCACCGCCACCGCCAGUCGAUAUCCCGAUUGAGCCUGUACAACCACCUCCACCAGAUGAGAUAUAUUUCUUCCUCAAAGUCUGGAAUGCGGAGAAGCAGGCGCUCGAAUCAAAAGGCUCACACAUUGCCCUCAAAUCUGUUAGGGUGGACGAGACUGUCGUGACACUUCUUGGCCUACCAAUCGAAGACAAGAAAAAGAUCGACAUGUGGGAAGAGGAGGAACUGACGGCAACUCGCCUCAUCAAGCAUCGUCGCACAUUUUCCCAAGUUGACCUGCAUAACAGUGCCAUCGUCAUCGUAGCCCUACCUCUGACUGCCGACCAGCGCACCGCGCUCGCUACCCGCGCGGCUUUUGCUGAUCCUCAAUCGUACCUUGGAUUCCGCGCCUUUGCCCGCAACUUUCCGCAUAAACUCAACGGUCACUUCACCUACAGCUAUUUCUCCUCGCAACACUUCAAAGGCGAAGUGAAGAACGGCCAGCGCCACGGCCACGGCAACAUGAUCUACCACUCUGGUGCCACCUAUUCGGGUUCAUUCCGCCUCGGCCAGCGCCACGGACACGGCCUCUACACGUUUCAAAACGGAGACACAUAUGACGGCGACUGGGUCGACAACCAGCAGCACGGCAGUGGCACGUUUGUCGAAGCCGCGACUGGCAAUACGUACGUUGGCGGUUGGAAGCAGGAUAAAAAGUUUGGCGAGGGUGUGACGCAUUGGAAGAAUGCGCAAGAGGCGGAGCGCAUGUGUCGCAUUUGCUGGGAUGAGCCGGCUGAGGCUGCCUUCUAUGACUGUGGGCAUGUCGUCGCGUGCUUGACUUGUGCGCGGGAGGUGCAGAGUUGCCCGUUUGAGAUUGUUAUGAGCAUGGAGGAGGAAAGAGGAGUUUUAGAGGGACUGGAAGGGAGGUGGAUUCUGGAUGACGAUGCAAUUUGCAAAUCGGCAUAUAAGGGGAGUAUGGCCCGGCUCGGCAAUGUGUAUAUCCACAGUCUGGUUGAAAGCUUACUGAUGCUUAUUCGGCUCCUUGAGGAAGAUGAUUUGGAUGCCUCGUUGGCGGUAGUGAGCAUGCAGAGGCCGCUCGCUGGUUCUGCCCAGGAACUCCCCACAAACCCAACAGAACAUGGCGAUUAG